AUGCUUACAUCUGCUCGCACCUUAGGCUUGGUAGCACUUUUACUUUGCGGCACCACGCUUUCAAACCCAGUCCCCCAAGUUAGCAACGGUAUCUCAAAUGCAACCCCAAGCCCGUCAAACCAGGCCGCUUCAUCUAGUGUAACUAGCAUUGGUGACGAUAGCUACUGCAAUGAAAAUGAUGACAAGUGCGUUGAUGUCGACAGUGAAUUUGCAAAUCGUGUCAAGUAUGUCAUUGUCAAAAAGAUGAUGCCUUCCAAAUCAGGCGAUCCUAACGAGGUCGAGGAAGCUGUCGAUGUUUUCGAGAUUACUCGUUAA